CACAGCACAGAUCGGCGCUGCUCGACUCGGCGCGAUUCAGCUCGGCUCGACUCGGCAGAGAACAGCACGGACCGGCGGCAGCAGCAGCUCAGCCGGCAGCGCCCACGCACACGCCGCCGGGCAACCGCCUUCCCCCCCUCCUCCCUCCUCCCCUUCCUCCUCCAGUACUCUCCGCUGGGAUAAAGCCGCCGCUGCUGCUGUUGUUGGCCGGCUGUGCCACAUCGAGGAUAUUUUGGCUCCCGGAGGGGCAGCAACGCCUGUUUUUUUUGACUCCGUGUGGUGCUGGUGCCGGUGCCGGUGCCACCGGGAAGGGACGCAGAGGAGCUGGCGACGGCCGGACUCGGAGGCCAGAUGAGUGAUUUUGGGCUAAGGAACAUGGAUCAAGUAGCUCCUGUGUCUAACAUGUACAGAGGAAUGCUCAAGCGUCAACCAGCAUUUGACACCUUUGAUAGCUCAAACUCUCUCUUUGCUGGAUAUUUUUUCUCACUAAAUGAAGACCAAACGCUUCAAGAAGUGCCAACAGGAUUUGAUUCUACUUCUUACGAGUCCAACAACUGUGAAUUGCCUCUGUUAACCCCGUGCAGCAAGGCUGUGAUGAGUCAGGCCUUGAAAGAUACUUUCAGUGGUUUCACAAAGGAACAGUGUCGGCUGGGUAUCCCAAAUAAUCCUUGGCUGUGGACAGAGCAGCAAGUUUGCCAGUGGCUUUCAUGGGCUACUAAUGAAUUUAGCUUGGCAAAUGUGAAUUUCCAUCAGUUUCUUAUGAGCGGCCAGGACUUAUGCAACCUGGGCAAGGAGCGUUUCCUGGAACUGGCACCUGACUACGUGGGUGAUAUUCUGUGGGAACACCUGGAACAGAUGAUAAAAGAAAGCCAAGAGAAGACACAGGAUCAAUAUGUGGAAAACUCUCAUCUCACCUCAGUUCCUCAUUGGGUCAAUAAUAAUUCCUUAACUGUUAAUGUAGAUCAGAGCUCCUAUGGUAUGCAAAUGCCUGGAUAUCCUAAAGCCCUCAGUUACCCCAAACCCAGUCUCCUCACUGAUGUCUGUCAGAAUUCCACUGGACCAAGUCUCCUCAAUCCAGAGCAAGAGUUUUCAUUGUUCCCUAAAACCCAAGCAGAUGCCCUUAGUGUGAACUACUGUGCAGUAAAUCAAGAUUUCCCAAGAAGCAAUUUGAACUUACUAAUGGAUAAUUCUGGUAAGCUUAGAGAACAUGAAUCUAGUGACAGUGGUGCAGAAAGCUAUGAAAGCUCAGAUUCAAUGUUGCAGUCCUGGAACAGCCAGUCAUCGUUGGUGGAUUUACAGCGAGUGCCAUCCUAUGAGAGUUUUGAAGAUGACUGUAGCCAGUCCUUGUGUCUGAGCAAACCUACAAUGUCUUUCAAAGACUAUAUUCAAGAACGAAGUGAUCCUGUAGAGCAAGGGAAACCAGUUAUACCAGCAGCGAUUCUGGCUGGUUUUACUGGCAGUGGGCCUAUACAGCUCUGGCAAUUCCUUCUGGAGUUACUGACUGACAAGUCCUGUCAGUCAUUCAUUAGCUGGACAGGAGAUGGAUGGGAGUUUAAACUUGCUGACCCAGAUGAGGUGGCACGGAGGUGGGGAAGAAGGAAAAACAAGCCAAAAAUGAACUAUGAGAAGCUCAGCCGAGGCCUACGCUACUAUUAUGACAAGAACAUCAUCCACAAGACUUCAGGGAAACGCUAUGUGUAUCGCUUUGUGUGUGACCUGCAGAACCUGCUGGGGUACACAGCGGAGGAGCUGCAUGCAAUGCUGGGGGUGCAGCCCGACACAGAGGACUGAGCCUGACCACCUGAUACUGCAGGGGUGAAGAUCAUGUGUUGGGACUGUGUCUGGAAACCGUCUGCAGUCAAUUCUUCUGACUGUUCAGAUAGAUGCAACUGUUGGGGGAAAUAAGGACCUUAUCUGAUUUUGUAACCAGGGAGAGCUGGAAGGAAGUGGCCUUAUUUCAUCAGUGGCUUCGAGUGUUGCCGUGUCAGGCACUUGAGCAGCAUGGAAGUCAGCACAGACCCUGGCUCUGUCAUGAAGACAUGGAAAUGCUCUCAAGUUCAGCAUUUCGACUGCCCAUACUGCCAUACAAAGUGUUUUUGGCUAUUUACACUGCCAUAUAAUAAUGGGUUGGCUUUAAAACCAAAGGUUGGAUGAGGAACCAGUGAUGCAGCAGAAUUAUCGCUCAGACAUUUAAAAACACCAUCUUCCUUGCUUACAUCUUAUAUCAUGCAAUUUAUUUAAAAGAGACAAAAACCAACUAAUUUAUUUUACACGAGCAGUAAGGAGAAUUGAUACUAGUUUCGUUCUAAAGCACAUUUUGUUAGUAGUAGUACUCCAGAGGUGUGCUGCAGAGGUACACAAACACUCUGUGUCCAAAACCAGAUGUAGCAAACUUUUAACAAAACAACACAAAAGACCCUUGAAAGAAGGGAAGGAGAAUCAUACCAUUUCAAUAUUCAGUCUGUAUAUAUGCUGUGAUUCUUUUUGAAACUCUGUCAUGUUCCUAUUUAACAGAUACUGUAUAGUGUAAAUUAAGCUAAUUGUGUGUGUGUUUUCAAAUAGGACGAAUGUAAACUCCUCAUUUAUUUUUUUUCAUCCAUGUUUGUCUAGGCUAUACAACCUUCUGCAAAUAUUUAAUUGGCCUAAGGGACAGCGUAAGCGCUCGGUAUGCAUGCAUAUGGUAUGCCUAUGAUAUGAAAUGGGGAGGGGGGUGGGGGGUAGGGAGGGCAAGCUGGCUCAGUGUUUUGCCAAGACCGAGGCUGGCAAUUCUUUGUGCAUUUUGGCAUUUUUACAAGAAACUAAUGUUAUGUUCUGGGACAUAAAGGGCCUGUUUGUGGUUUCUUCUGUAACCUAAAAUGAAAAUAUUCCUAUGGAUAAAAUGACCUUUUU